AAAAAAAUUGAAUGUUUUACAGCUGGAGCUUCCUCCUCCUCCUCCUCCUCCUAUCGGUCUCUGAUCGAGCCAGAGCUUCAGAAAAUGGAAACUAAACUGAAACAGGUGAUUAGGUUGCUGAUGGUUCUGAUCCGCAGUAACCGCGGGAAGUCGCGCGCUGUCGGUAAAGGCGGGUUAUUGGUGCUGCUGUCCACACAGCUCACACCGCCGACAUACACCGUUGCAGCUGCCGGUCCCUGGUGUUCCAAAGUGGCUAAGAAAAACAUUAAGAAAGAGGCUGCAGACAGACUGUCCUCCUUUGUCUCUCUUUGUAUCUGCCCUUACCCUGAAGAGCUCUGCAGGUUUUCAGAUAACUUUGGGCCUUUACGCUUUGCGCAUUCAUUCCAGGUAGAACAGAACUGCCAAGAAUUGGAGAUUGAGAGAUUUCUUCAUAGAUUCAGUCUGGUUCAUGCUCAGAUUACAGUUAUCUUCAAAGUAAGGAAUAAAGAACAAACAAACCAGCAAGUAUUCAGUGUCAAGAGUACAUAUUCCAUGGUGGGUCGCUCCAUUGCCAUGGACAGUACCGCAUUCGGACAGACUCCGUUCUCUGUGAGGUCUCUCCCUUCAUGUAGCCGGAUGCACCCAGUUUUAGGGGAGACACUCCCUCUCUUACUUUCUUCUGAAGCCGUGGAGGCCGAGUUGUGUGGGGAGGUGAGCAUCGCUACCAUGGCUGUGCUCGGACCCUGCAUGAAGCAGUACCCCAACUGGCCAACUCGCAUCUCACACAUAUGCUUGUUAGUGUAUAGUCCCAGCGGCGUUCCUCUAAUGCGAGGAGAGAGUGAGCUGCAGCUGAGCUUCCUCCAGAGCCUGGCUGACUCUCUGCCCUGGGGAGAGCUGGGCCUGACUCAAGUCCGCUGUAGUCAAACACACACUGCUCAUGGCAGUCUGUGCGCUGAAGUGGAGUUCUCAAUAAACAACGAUCACAGUGAGGAACCUAAGCCUGAAUGCAGCCGGGCAGUGAGUCAGGAUGUGAAGCUGGAACAGAGUCGUCCUGUGGAGCAAACACUCACCAUGUUCCUUUUCAUCCAGCAUAAUGACCCCUUUAACCCCCAGCUAUCUGACUUGAUCACAAGUGAAGAGACUUUAGAGACGCACUUGGACAUGGUGCUGUGGUACAAUGGAGAGAAAGUGAGGUCAGCACUGCAGUCUCUACUGGAAAAUACCGUCAAGAAAUACCUUAAAAGAAAUAAGUCCAGUGAGACGUUUCAGUCGGCCAUGUCGGUGAUCUUGAGCUCUGUGAACAGUAUUGUGAGCAGCAGUAGCAGCAUGGAGUUUCGCUCUGCCUGUCUAAAUAGCAUGAAGGUACAGAACACCCACGAUAUGUCUAUAUCCUUGCAUCAAACUCUCCAGAGAGUCAUUAAUGGCCGUUUUACUUCCCGUCCCAGGUGCACAGCUGAAAAGGCUGAAGAAGAAGCUGUUUCUGAACAGAAUAGCACUGAGACUUGUGUAGAGGGACUGCCUGGCAAGAGGGCUCACAGAGAUCAGGAGCAGUCUCCAUUACUCUCAAAGAGACAGUGUCCAGAGACCAGUGUGGGGGAUUCAGAAGCCUCUGCGAGCAGUUUGUGGGAGACUCUGCCGAGUCCGAUGACGUCCCUGUUCUGUGCACCGCUAUCUGAGGGACUGGGUGAAGAAAAGGGUUUAGCAGGAUCUUCGUCUGGCUCCCUAUACACUACUGAAAUAAAAAACCAAGAGGUGAAGAGCAAGUUAGGAUUAAGGAUUGUCAGGUUCCAGCGGUGUUCUUAAAGACUCGCCACAGCGAGGAUGUUCUCCUGCCUGGCACAUCGGCCAUGGCGGACUUUGUGCAGGAUUUACCUGAACCAGCAAGCUCACCUGAGCUCACGGCCAUGUUAUGGCUGGCAAAGCAGAUGUAAAGGCCACAGUCUGUGGUUUAGCUUCCCUGACCCCAGAGGAGCUUCUAUAGCCUGGGCACAGGUUCAGUACUUUUCUACUGCGGGCAGCAGUAAAGAUGGACCACCAACAGAAUCGGGACAAACUGGGACAAAACAGAGCACAGACGAAGUGCUCGCUGCUCAGCCCUCCAAAGAGACGGCUGGAUCUAAACCUCUGAGUCUGUCAAAAGCAGAGAGUAUUCAAGUAAAAGUGCGAGCGGUGCUGAAGAAGCGGGAAUACGGUACCAAAUACACUCAGAACAAUUUCAUCACUGCUGUCAGGGCCAUGAACGAGUUCUGCCUCAAACCAACUGACCUGGAGCAACUGAGGAAGAUCCGUCGACGGAGUCCUCACGAUGACACAGAGGCGUUCACAGUCUUCUUACGCUCAGACGUUGAGACCAAGGCUCUGGAAGUUUGGGGCAGUAUGGAGGCCCUUGCUCGAGAGAGGAAUCUCAGGAAAGAGGUGGAGCAACUGUACCAAGAGAAUAUAUUCCGCAAUCAGCAGUUGUUAAAGGAGUACAAGGAUUUCUGGGGAAACACAAAACCUCGAUCAGGCAAAAGGGCUACUUUCCUCCAGGGGCCAGGAAAGGUGGUGAUGGUAGCUAUAUGCAUAAACGGACUGAAUUUCUUUUUCAAACUUCUGGCGUGGGUUUAUACUGGAUCAGCCAGCAUGUUCUCAGAGGCCAUCCAUUCCCUGGCAGAUACCUGUAACCAGGCUCUUCUUGCACUGGGAAUAAGUCAGUCUGUGCGUAACCCUGACCCUGGCCACCCGUACGGCUUUUCCAACAUGCGCUACAUCGCCUCCCUCAUCAGCGGAGUGGGCAUUUUCAUGAUGGGUGCCGGCCUGUCCUGGUACCACGGCAUUAUGGGACUUAUGCACCCUCACCCAAUAGAUUCGCUGCUCUGGGCAUACUGUAUUUUAGCUGGAUCUCUAGUUUCAGAAGGAGCAACACUCCUGGUGGCCAUUAAUGAAAUCAAGAAGAGUUCUCAUAAGCAAGGACUCUCGUUCUAUGAAUAUGUAAUGCAAAGUCGUGACCCCAGUACGAAUGUGGUCCUGCUGGAGGAUGCUGCAGCUGUUCUGGGUGUGGUGAUUGCUGCAGGCUGUAUGGGUCUGACCUCACUGACAGGUAACCCUUAUUAUGACAGUCUUGGUUCCCUGGGUGUAGGCACUUUGCUGGGAACUGUCUCAGCCUUCCUCAUCUACACCAAUACGGAGGCUCUGUUGGGUCGUUCCAUCCAGGCCGAGCAUGUGCAGAAGCUCACAGAGUUCCUGGAGAACGACCCUGCUGUCAGAGCGAUUCAUGACGUGAAGGCCACCGAUAUAGGACUGAGUAAAGUGCGCUUCAAGGCUGAGGUGGACUUUGAUGGACGGGUAGUUACACGGUCCUAUUUGGAAAAGCAGGACAUUGAUCAGAUCCUAAACGACAUUCAGCAGGUGAAAACUCCUGAGGAGUUGGAGGCCUUUAUGUUGAAGCAUGGGGAGAACAUUAUCGACACCCUGGGGGCAGAGGUGGACCGUCUGGAGAAAGAGCUCAAGCAACGCAAUCCGGAAGUGCGGCACGUUGAUCUGGAGAUCCUGUGAGGCCGGAGAGGAGCACAGCGUCUGUGCGGCAGAGAAGAAGCCGGCCAAGUUGAAGGAGGUUUAGUUGGUUCUUCACCUCUACUGAACCAGCUCUAACCAACCAUCCAGAUGAAGUCUUACUUUCCAUCAGUACCCCGUCAUUGUAGCGCUCGCUCAAUCCCCAUGUCUGAUACUUCUGUAAGCUAAUAAUGCAGAAGGUGUUCCGUUAGGUCCAAAAGAGUUUAUACACUAGACCCAGUAAGCUUACACUCCUGAAGUCGACUCGUGUUUUAAUGUAGUAAUGCUGAUGUAGGAACGCUUUCAUAUCUUUACAAAUUGUGUUAAGUUGGAAAUGAAAACCAUGAGCUGCUCCUUAAACAGCAUUCUGAGCUGAUGCAUAGAUAUACGACAAAGGAGAUUAAGCAGGUUUUUGGUUUAAGCUCACCAGGUGUCUGAUGAAUCUCAUUUGUAGACCAAGUUAACUCCUUUCAACAGGUCAGGUAACCUUCAGGGGGGGAAAAAUUCUGCUUAUUCCACAAGUGUUUUAAUCCCUGUACAAGUAAGUAUAGAAUACAAGGAUGAGUGAUACUAUAUAGGUUGGGAUACUCUCAGAAAUGUUUUUGACAAAAAUCCCUUAGGCUUUUUUUUUUGACGAUUAUAAUAAUAUAGAUUAUAUAAUAUAGAAAAUAAAUUUUCCCCUCAAGUUAUGAGUAACUGAAGGUGCUUAAUUGUAUUUUGUCAUCUCACUGAAUGAAAUGUAUGGGUUAAUUUAAUAAUGAUAAUAUAUUAAGUCAUAUAUUGUGACAGUAUAUUGAGAUGAUAUGCUUGAUUCUAAAAUAGUCAAGUUUAUGGGAAGGUUUUUUUUUUUAAAACUCUGACAGGUAUUCACUGUAAGUCUUUCUUGAGUUCAUUGUAUGAUGAAUGAGAUUAAGCGUAUGGAAGUAACAGUGUCAACCUUGACAGUAAGAGAGCUAAUAUAAGUUGAACCCAUCUCUCAUCCUAUGCCAUUCAUCACAAAGAUGACCGCCCAAGCUGUCGUGGCUGACCUUUUAGUGUAAACUACCUUAUAAUGCAAACUGCCACAUAGCAAAAGUUCAUGAAGUUAGAUCCCAACACAGGACAUCCCUAAGGAUUCACUGUUAUAUAUUUGAUUACCCCUUCUUAUAACACUGAUUGAGAAAUGUCUGGUAAAGAAUCAGAGUCCUGUGAUUACUUUGACUGUUCUCUUUAGUUCUGUACAGAACAGGUUUUGCUCUUCAUCUACAUCCUCAUCCUCUGCUAACAACACUAGCACACAGCUAACACAGUAUCAGUCUAAACAGCUUAGUGGUUAGAAUUUAAUGUUAUGAACAGGGAGGCGAAAAAGGUUUGGGUUUACCAACAUCAAGUAAAAAUGAACAAUCACAGAUUGGUGAGAGAAGUGACAUCUCGGCAGUUAAGAUUCUGAGCUAAUAAUAAGAAGGGCAUGGGUUCAAAUCCCAGGGCUGCUAGAGGUGCUCGGCUUUAUGCUUGGACUGUAUCCUGUCUCACUGAUAAGUGACUGGAUAAAAUUCUGCUUCUGCAAAGUGAAUAAAUGUCAUUGUUUAAAUAAACCAUCCUUUGUUACUUACUACUAAUACAGAGGUUCUUUGAAAUAGUAUCUCUACACCAUGUCUAUAGCGGAUAUGAGAUUACAACAGACAUGUUUCUGUGUCUUGAGAAAUAAACAGAAAGCCAUUUAAUUGAAACUCACAAUGGAAGCAAUUUUUUUUAAUUCUGUGAAUAAAUAUUUAUAAUGCAGGACUAUAUAAUUCAAUUCUACCACCGUGGUUUAGUGGUUAGCACAUUUCACAUUCACAAUUACCUCUGUGGUUGGGGGUUUGAAUCCUUCCUCCGCCCUGUGUGCAGGGAGCUUGUAUGUUCUCCCAUUGGGGGCUUUCUGUGGGUACUCCAGUUUCCUCUCCCAGACCAAAGUCAUGCGUAGUAGCUUGAUUGGCAUCUCUUUUAAAAAAAAAAAAAAAAAAAUUUGUUCGUAGUGCGGUUGUGCCCUGCAAUGGGUUGGUACCCUGUCCCUGUGCCUGUGUCCCCUGGGAUAGGCUCCAGACUCCCCCAUGACCCUGUGCAGGAUAAGUGGUACAGAAAAUGGAUGGAUGGAUUUUACAUGUUUUUAAUACAGAAUAUCUUUCCAUCUGAAAAAGCAUCUCUGAAAGAAUGUACAGUGCUUCCGGAAAGUAUUCACAGCGCUUCACUUUUUCCACAUUUUGUUAUGUUACAGCCUUAUUCCAAAAUGGAUUAAAUUCAUUAUUUUCUUCAAAAUUCUACAAACAAUACCCCAUAAUGACAACGUGAAAGAAGUUUGUUUGAAAUCUUUGCAAAUUUAUUAAAAAUAAAAAACAAAAAAGCAAAUGUACAUAAGUAUUACAGCCUUUGCUCAAUACUUUGUUGAAGCAUCUUUGGCAUCAAUUACAGCCUCAAGUCUUUUUGAGUAUGAUGCUACAAGCUUGGCACACCUAUUUUUGGGCAGUUUCUCCCAUUCUUCUUUGCAGGACCUCUCAAACUCCAUUAGGUUGGAUGGGGAGCAUCGGUGCACAGCCAUUUUCAGAUCUCUCCAGAGAUGUUCAAUUGGGUUCAAGUCUGGGCUCUGGCUGGGCCACUCAAGGACAUUCACAGAGUUGUCCUGUAGGCACUCCUUCAUUAUCUUGGCUGUGUGCUUAGGGUCAUUGUCCUGUUGGAAGAUGAACCUUUGCCCCAGUCUGAGGUCCAGAGCGCUCUGGAGCAGGUUUUCAUCAAGGAUGUCUCUGUACAUUGCUGCAUUCAUCUUUCCCUUGAUCCUGACUAGUCUCACAGUUCCUGCUGCUGAAAAACAUCCCCACAGCAUGAUGCUGCCACCACCAUGCUUCACUGUAGGGAUGGUAUUAGCCAGGUGAUGAGUGGUGCCUGGUUUCCUCCAGACAUGACGCUUGCCAUUCAGGCCAAAGAAUUCAAUCUUUCAUUUCUCAUGGUCUGAGAGUCCUUCAGGUGCCUUUUGGCAAACUCCAGGUGGGCUGCAUUGUGCCUUUUUACUGAGGAGUGGCUUCCAUUUGGCCACUCUACCAUACAGGCCUGAUUGGUGGAGUGCUGCAGAGAUGGUUGUUCUUCUGGAAGGUUCUCCUGUCUCCACAGGGACACGCUGGAGCUCUGUUAGAGUGACCAUCGGGUUUUUGGUCACCUCCCUGACUAAGGCCCUUCUCCCCUGAUCGCUCAGUUUGGCCAGGCAGCCAGCUCUAGGAAGAGUCCUGCUGGUUCCAGACCUCUUCCAUUUACGGAUGAUGGAGGCCACUGUGCUCAGUGGGACCUUCAAUGCUGCAGAAAUGUUUCUGUACCCUUCCCCAGAUCUGUGCCUCGAUACAAUUCUGUCUCGGAGGUCUACAGACAAUUCCUUGGACUUCAUGGCUUGGUUUGUGCUCUGACUUGCAUUGUUAACUGUGGGACCUUAUAUAGACAGGUGUGUGCCUUUCCAAAUCAUGUCCAAUCAACUGAAUUUACCACAGGUGGACUCCAAUCAAGUUGUAGAAACAUCUCAAGGAUGAUCUGUGGAAACAGGAUGCACUUGAGCUCAAUUUUCAGUGUCAUGGCAAAGGCUGUGAAUACUUAUGUACGUGUGCUUUUUUUUUGUUUUUUUAUUUUUAAUAAAUUUGCAAAGAUUUCAAACAAACAUCUUUCACGUUGUCAUUAUGGGGUAUUGUUUGUAGAAUUUUGAGGAAAAUAAUGAUUUUAAUCCAUUUUGGAAUAAGGCUGUAACAUAACAUAAAAUGUGGAAAAAGGGAAGCGCUGUGAAUACUCGCCGGAUGCACUGUAAUGUACUGAUUCAUUUACAAAUACCUUUGGCUAAAAAUUCAUGAACUCAUUACUCCUUUAUAGGUGAACUUAAGUAAACUUUUCUGUUCAUUUGUCAGCACAAAGAAAUGUGUGGUAAUCGCCCAUACGCUACACUCAGAAUUAAAGGUACCAGGUUGUACUUUUCCUUGUCACUGGGGUGGUGUCUUUUGUACUUUUAGCAUGUAUCCUUUACUUGGAAAGGUGCAUGUGGUGUACCUUUAAUUAGCUUUAGAGUAAAGUUUUAAAAGUACAUCAGUACUCCUCAAGGUCCAAGUAUAUACCGUAAUUCUUUUUUAAAGAUACACUACCUUACUAUUCACCUUACCAGGUAACGGAUACAUGCUAAACAUACAAAAGAUGUACCCUUGAUGGUACCAUGCCCCCGACAAGGAAAAUGACAGUUUCUGAGAGGGAAGAAUCUAAUAUUUGUUUGUGAUGUUUUCUUACAAAUAUAGUUGUUUCGUUUUCUCAUAAUAUAAACAAGCUAGUCAGUUAAUUUAUACCACCUUUGAACAUGUCCAGGCAGGUACUAAGGAUGUGGUAAAUUCUGUAAUGCACUAAGGUGCUGUAAAUGUGUUGUUCAUCUUAAUGAACAAAUAGAUCUACUUGUCCUGUGAGUUACAUACCUGACCGCUUGCUUGCAUCUGCAUUAAGAUGAAAACCUGCUUGUGAGAAUUUUUUUGGUGCAUCCUGCAGGAUAGCAAAAUUCUAAUCCUGAUGCCUACAGUAGGUCUAGUCUCAACCAGAUGAACCUUCCAGCUUUCAGUCUGAACUAAAUAAUAUGUUUGUAUUCUGUUACAUCCUUACUGUCUAAGCUAUUUUAAGUGUUUAUGCAUUUCAGAUGCAUUUUGUUAAACCUUUUAAAGAAUUGUUUGAAUAAAUUCAUUAAUUUAUGAAACUGAAUUAAGCCGAUUUGUGGUGUUUUGAGGUUUUUUGACCGUUCUUUUGUUUAAUAUUUACGCUUAUAUAGGCUAGCUACAUACAGAGUGCGCGGUUUAUUUCUUCUUUAUUCACUUUAUUUAUUUCUUAAUUCUUCUUUUUUUUAACUUCUUCAUUUAAAUUCCUUUCAGAGUUUUAUGUUUAAAUGCUCGUGUUGUUGUCUGAGAGUUGCCAAACUAAAUGUCGUUGUAUUGUAUACAAUGACAAUAAAGCACCUUACCUAUUUGUCCACUCAAACCUCCUUGUGUGAAAUAGACGAGCCUGAAAUGCGCUAACACCAUUGGUCAGCCGAGUGAUCCCCGAGACCCGUCUUGCAUUCUGAUUGGUUGAGGCCGCCUUCCAUUAAGAAAGCCCACGGGAACUCCAGCAGUCCAUCAAGCGCUUCACGAGCUCCUCACACGGUGUGACGGAUUUCAGCAGCGUCAGAGAGCCGACAUGGACCGAGUGGAAUUUCUCGAAAAGAGGAUUUUAGCGUUAAAUUGUUGUUUUAAUUGUUGUAUAUUUUUCCGCAGUGUGUAUUCAUUUACGACUGAUUUAAUUAGUGCUUACAGAGGAAUAUCCUAAUUAUAAGAGAAGCGAGUCGAUCAGUAAUAUAUAUAUUUAUAUAAUAUAUCUGUGGCGCUCAGCGUGAAGAAAGAGAAAGGUAGAUGUACACCGACUGAAUCUGCUGCUGCAUGUCCUCCCUCCAUCACCGACUUAAAGUAAAAACCGUCAAGCAUUUGUCUUUUUUGUUUGUUUGUUUUCGAAACAUGAUGUCUAUAUGCAGUUUCCAAAGAUUACCUAGAUCAUGUUUGUCCUUGUAUCUGAAUAAAUAAUAAUUAUAAUAAUAAUAAUAAUAAUAAUAAUAAGGCUCGCGCUGGAUCCUGCUGAUCGAUUUGAUCUAAAUGUCGAUGUGUUGUUUUAUGGUACAUUUUGGUUGUUGGUGUGUUUUUUUUGUUGUUGUUGUUUUUUUGUUUUUUUUUUUAAUAAUCUGUGAUCCAUCCAUCUUUUUUUGUAUGCAUGCAUGCAUGUCCAGGUUCAUUGAUAUUAUAGCCUAUACACCUGAUAUUCGUGUGAAUGUUUCUUAGUAUGCUGUUAACCUUUCCUUUGCAUUUCCUCUGUAGGCGCACCAGUGGGGGCGCAGCUGACCAUGACUUCAUUUUUGCUUUCUCUGUUGUUAUUCAUGGCUGUAUGUUUUAAGAAGAAGAAAGAAAAAACCUGGAAAUAACAGCAGUAUCUUCAUUAUUUCCUGGCCCUCCUCUUCUGUCAUGUGGAUAAAUAAUUUCUGGUGCUGUUCUGCUCUGCGCUUUGAGCCUCUUUACAAUGCUGCCUUGUGGCAUCAGUAUCAAGCAGCAUUGUACAGGGCUAUGAGAGCACAGAGACCAAAUACACCACCAUAUUCCAUCCUCCGUCCUCCGUCCUCACAGUAUCAAUGUGGUACAUUCUGCUGAGAGAUCAACCAUCGGCUCUGGGAUCCAUCCUGAACUGUGCAGCCAACAAGGAAAGACACCUUCUAAUUUGGGAUAUUUUAUGUACGUGUGUAUGUAUGUAUGUAUGUAUGUGUGUGUGUGUGAUUUUGAGCUUUGAUGUCACUUUGCAAUGUAAUCUAUAGGCUAUUUGAUGCAUCAACAUCCAGUGUGGUUUGUAAUCAUCUGAACAUGGAUCCAGUUCUCAGCUUUGUGCUCCAUCUUGUUGGAUUUUGACUGGUUCUAUAUACAGGCUAUAUAAAGACUAUAUAUAGCCUUUUAAUAUACAGCAUCCUCGUUUUUUUUAUGUAAAAGGACUAAUUAACAUCAAAAUGUUAUUCUUGAUUGCAAAUUACAAUCAAAAGUCAGUGACCUAUCGACAUGACCAGAUCCUUGUUUUAGUCUGUAAUGCAGCCAUGUUCCAAUUUCUUGCUUUUAGUCUUGACUCCAGAUAUUAAAAUAUAUGUCUACUCACUGAAAUUCAGGUUGCAUCAUGUUGUUGGUUACUGUUCUUUCAUAGACUCCUAGCUUGCUUGGUGUUGCUAAAUUCAUUAGUGUGUUCACUACCCACUCAACACUUUACUCAAUGAUUGAUUUAGGCACACCCAUUAUUUGCUGUUGAUGUCUCUGAUAAUCGUGGCAUGUGCACUAUCAGAAAGAACAGUACUCUACAGGUACA